AUGGCCACCUCCACCAUGUCUGUCUGCUCUGAUGCUCUCAAUUCUUCCUGGCAGGUGGAUGACUGCCCAGAGAGCUGCUGUGCCCCCAGCUGCUGCAAGCCCAGCUGCUGCCAGUCUAGCUGCUGUGUCCCCAGCUGUUGUCAGUCCAGCUGCUGUGCCCCAGCCCCGUGCCUGACCCUUGUCUGCACCCCAGUGUGCAGUCCCUGCUGCCAAUCUGGCUGCAGCAGCUGCUGCACACCCUCAUGCUGCCAGCAGUCUAGCUGCCAGCCAGCUUGCUGCACCGGCUCCCCCUGCCAGCCAUCCAGCUGUGUGACUCUUUGCUGCAAGCCUGUCUGCUGUAAACCCAUCUGCUCUGGCUCCUCCUCAUGCUGCCAGCAGUCUAGCUACCAGCCCUCAUGCUGCCAGCCAUCCUGCUGUGUGCCUGUCUGCUGCAAGCCUGUCUGCUGCACACCCAUCUGCUCUGGUUCCUCCUCAUACUGCCAGCAGUCUAGCUGCCAGCCCUCAUGCUGCCAGCCCUCAUGCCGCCAGUCCUCAUGCUGCCAGCCAUCCUGCUGUGUGCCUGUUUGCUACAAACCUGUCUGCUGCAAGCCCUGCUCCAGCAUGUCCCUGCUCUGCCGCCCCGUGUGCAGACCCGCCUGCUGCCUGCCCACCUCCUCCUGCUGUGCCUCCUCCUGCCAGCCCAGCUGCUGCCGCCCAGCAUCCUGUGUGUCCCUGCUCUGCCGCCCUGCCUGCUCCCGCCAGGCCUGCUGUGGCCUCUCCUCGGGCCAGAAGUGCAGCUGUUGA